AUGAGGUCGGGAUGGUUCCUGCUGCUGCUGCUGGGUUACCUCAGCCUACACAAGUCUGUGACCGCGAGUGAGCACACGGCGGCGGGCGAGGACAGGCUGGGGGCAGAGGCACAGCCGCUGGAGGAGAUGCUUCAGAGAGCGGAGACCGUCCUCAUUCGCUCCAUUCUGGAGGAAGGGCGGAACGAUGACGGAAAGCAGAAUCAAGGUUUUGAGCCCAGUGCGGACUCGCAGGUCCUCAAGCGGCAGCACCCUGGGAAGCGGCUGGUGGGAGAGCUGGAGAAAAGGCAGCACCCUGGCAAACGCCAACCCGGCCAGGACGAGGAGGACGGAGGCUGGGCACCAGAGAAGAGGCAGCACCCGGGGAGGAGAGAGCUGGAUGGGGCUCCCCUGGAGGUGCAGGCAAGGCAGCAUCCAGGGAGGAGGUCAGCCUAUGAGCCCCUCCCGGGGGAGAGCACGGCCCGCCAGCUGGACACCUUCCUGGGAGAGCUCUCCAAGCGCCAACACCCCGGCAAGAGAUCCGUGAUGUAUGGCCAGCGUCCCGGCCACUGGAGCUGGCAGGAGAAUGGUGACGACUCUGGGGAAAACCAGUACAACUCACCACAGUACCUGGAGGCAGCCGGCGGCAGCAGUGAGUUCCUGUCCCCCUGUGAUCUCCAGGAGUCUGGGAGUUGCAGCAAAGUCAAUUCUCUGUUAGCCUUGCUCAGCAAUGCCAACAAGGAUAGGGCAGAGGUAAAGAGGCAGCACCCUGGUAGGAGGCUCGCUUCAGAUGAAGAGAUGCAGGGAAGAGCCUGA